AUCCAAAACAAUUAAUUAACAACAAUAAUUCUGUAAUGUUGAGGGCGCAUACCGAUUCACAACGGAACCCUUUAUACCUUUAUAUGAACAACAUUGUAGAAGAUAUUGUCGUUAUUCUAGCUCGGUAAGUGAAUAAUUCUCACAAUCUUUUCCAUGUUUUCUCAAAGGAGAAAUUUGUAAGUUCUUUUGUUUUCAAAGAACAAAGAAACGUAAAAAAAAUCCGUACAGUCGUCUUUGGAGUCUAAUCAAUUGUUGGUACCCCUGUAUAAAUUACGGUGUUACUCACAAAGGAUAAGACUUCAGAGACGACUGUACGGAAUUUAAAUUUCAUGCUUCAUUAUAUUCAAGAUUCUCUGCAACAUUAAACUCGUUUUUUUUGACAAAUCAUUAAAAAUGAAAUGAGCCAUGAAUAGAUCAUUAAGACCUAGUUCAAUCUUAGGAUCGACAUAUUUUAAGAGCUUAAAGUCGUCUUUACAGUUUCAUCCUUCGUGGGUCCCCCUGUUUAUCUCAGAAGCUGACAGAAGUUGUAUCAUGAAGGUUAAUCUCAGCGAAUACUACUUUCAAAACGGGGGAAAUGUACAGAAGUGUCUGUGAUGUAAACUGCAUAUUGUAAAUCUUUCUGAAUGUUUGUGGAUCCAGAAAAAAUGGCGUCCAGGAAAAAACUGAAUUCGUUUCUGUUUACAAUGACAAGUAUACUCAGCAUAUCUUCACUAUUCAUCUAUGUGACAUCAGUUCCUUCUAGAACAGUAACUGUUCUUCCCUGGGGAAACUGGAAGACAAGUUCCCCCUGGGCUGGGGAUAAAGAAUGUGGUGAGUUUGUGACAAGAAUAGUUAAACCAGGAACUAUCCCUAGUAGAGCACUUGCCUCCUACCCUGGUUCAGGGAAUACUUGGAUUAGAUAUCUUAUUGAGGGCGCCUCAGGGAUCUAUACUGGGUCCAUAUUUAAUGAUAAAUCAAUAGCAAGCGCAGGACAUAAUGGAGAACUGAGGAAUUUCAGCGAUGGUUCCACAAUCCUUCAAAAGACCCAUCACAGAGCUUUAUAUGUGCCAGCUUAUAUGAAAUAUUCCCUGGAAUGGAGAACUAACCAUAUUAAGAUGUUUGAGGGUCGUGCAGUUGUUGUUGUUCGUAACCCUUUCAAAGCUAUUCUAUCCUACUGGAAUUAUAUCAGUACAAAAAGCCACACCGCGUCUGCCGACAACAACAGCUUGCUGUCGCCAAAAUUCCAGGAUUUUGCUUUUGUUGGAAUCAACCGCUGGUAUGAAGUCAUCUCUGAUUGGCUUGACUACGGAACAGAUGUUUAUUUUGUGUUCUAUGAAGAUCUCCAAGAGAAUCCUGUAAACGAAAUAAAAUCCCUGUUUGACCAUCUGGGAAUGGAGCUAGACCCGAACAGACUAAAGUGUAUACAGAAACAUCUGACUGGAAGCUUUGAGAGAAAGAAGCAUAUUGAUGAGAAUCCGUUUUCUUUAGAUCAUCAAGCUUUGUUCAGACUUGUUAUUGAUCUUGCCAGCAAGAGGAUAGAGGAGAAAACAGGAAAAUCACUUCCAGUUCAGAAAUAUACCUAUUAUAAGAUGGAUACCACAAAUGUACCUUAAUAAAAAAUAUAUAUUUUGUUUUUGUAA